AUGGAAGAGUUUAAAGCUAAAACUUGCAGGUUAAGACACGAAAUCGACCAAGCUGAGGACAGGGAAAAAGCUGCGACGAAGAAACUUGAUUUUAGAAGGCAUGAAGCGGAUGAAAAAGAAAAAGAAGUCGAUGCAUUGAAAAGAAGAAAACGGCUGCUUGAGGCGAAACUCGACUCUGUAGAAGAUCGUAUUUUCGACAAAGAAAAGUCGUACCGUGAGGAGCUUGAAAGGUUAGAAAGGGAGGACAGACAGCGAAAGAUCUUGGAUGAAAUGGAGGAGGAAGACGAGCGAAAACUGGAGAAACUCGAAUUGUCGAUAGAAGAGUACAAGAAAUCCGCCGACUACAGCGAGAACAAAUGCGCCGAAUGCUGGCGAAAGUUGCAGAACAUGUCUAAAGAAAAGGAAAAGUACAGGCUGAGAUUAAAAGUCGCAGAAGCAAGGGGCCGAGAGCUGGAGGAGCAGAACAGAUUAGUUGGCCGAAACUUGCGUAAAUUGGCAAUUGAUGAGGAGAAACGUGGUGAUCGCGAAGAGGCAUGCGAAAAUAAGAUACGAGAAUUGUGGCAACUGAGGCGGGAUGAGGAAAUCCGAUACGAGGCGGCAGAGAGGAAGGUUGGAAGACUUCAGGGUGAACUUAACGUUAUAAAAGACAAGAUUCGCGAGGAAGAAAAGAAAAUUGACGAUGUUAGAUCAGAUUUUGAUGAAACGAUGAAUGGAUUGGGUCGAUACUGAGGUGUGUGCGAAUAAUUUAUCCGAAAAUCGAAGUAUAAAAAGUCAAUAAACAUUAAUAGCUUCGACGGAAAACAAAGAAAUUCGCCCUUUGCUUCUCACUCGCAAAGAAAUGGCAUUUUUAGCAUAGAAUUGAACGAAACUAAAUGUUUUUGGGGAUUAUAAGUUUAUCGCUUCGUUGAAAGCGACCAAAUAUGUGAACCAGUUUUGGAAAUUUCAUUUUCGAGUAGAGUGGAAAGAAAUUCCCCUCUGCAUAUAAAAUCAUUUGCAUGGAAUUCUUGAUAAAGCAGUUUGCAAUAUAAGACAUAAAAGCCACGACAUUUGGAGAAUAUUCGAUCGUUUGAAGCGCUAGCAAUUUCUUUAAAAAGGCUGUUUAUAGGAGAUGAUUUAUAUUUCAGGGCCAUCGCUGAAAUGUAUUAAAAUUCAUGUCUUUAAAUAUUCGGUAAAAGUUGCUCGAGUCGCUUUUUGUUUGCAUUUGUAUAGAAAAUGCAAAUCUUUGUUUGAAACACACGUGUCCUACCUGUUAGCAAAACGUAAUGGCUUAAUGACGUCGCGGAAAUGGUCGAUCGAUUUAUUUUAAUUGAAUUUAAUUUCAGUAACAAUUUUGUGAGAUCCGCUGAGAUUGAAUACAUUUGUUAGGAAAUUAAAGGUGUGUUCAACAAAUCUUUUGUCCGAAUAAAAACAUAUAGAAAUAUGACUACAUUUUCCUUCUAUUCAACCUACGCUAGCCGGGCUGAAUAAGUGGUUUGUAGGCUGCUUAUUUUAUGAUAUUGUUCUUCCAAAAUACAACCAAUUGAAGGUACUCUAAAUAAUUUCUAGUCUUCACCUGCCUUUCAAGGCUGAAUGAUACGUCAAGCAUGUGUUAGUCACAUUCCAAGUAAUAUUUAUAGGGGUGUCUUCAUCAAGUAUUUAGAAAAAUUGGGAGGUCAGUAACUCUCCAGACAUGGUCUGCGAUUGGAGAACGAAACAAUAAACGAUUCAACACAAACAAUAUCCGUAGCCCUGAAAACAAAAGAAGCUAUUGCUUAUUUAGCCCGAUGAAAAUAAGGGUCUGGAAGAGCUCCUGUAGUACUCUAAAAAUGGAAAGCGCCUAAUCGAAAAUUGUCAAGAUCGAAAGUCAAAGUUCUCAGUAUCAAUAUAUAUAUAUAUAAUUAGAAAGCCCUAUAACUCCACAACAUGGCUAUUGGGAGUAUUUUUCAAGCUCGGAAGUGUCUGGCUUGGCUGGCCCAUCCCACUGUCAAGGAAGCCAUUUUUGCCGUGCGCCACUGCCCAUUUAAUGCUAACCAUUACCGUAUGUCUGCUAACUUCAGUAUUCGUGAUAAUCAGUAGUUGACUACGAGGUUAAAAUUUUGUGUGACAGGCCCAACUUGAAGUCAGACAACAUGAAGUAAUUACUUGCCAACUUACUUACGUAUACUUUGGCCGAUCUCCCGAUAGAGCCAGAAUAAAGAAAAAUAAAACUAGUUUGUAGCUUAAGGUUUCGGUUGAAAAUAUUCCUUAUACUGUAUGUGUCAGCGCCUUUCUUUCCCUUAUAUCGAUCCAAUGUACAGAACAGAACGUAAGUGAAGUGCAAACACAAUCACGUCCUCCGUUUUGUUUUGGUUUCGUGCGUUGCCAGUAAAAAAGACAGACAUUUUGGAUCGAUUGAAUUUGUUAUUACUUUUCAGGAGAAAAUGAGCUUUGUACUCCUUUAUCUGAGCAAAAAGUUUUCCAGAUUUAAAAAAUCUCUUAAAGCAACCAGCUAACUUCGUACAGAAAAAAAAGCAUGGCAGUGGAUCUAUAGCAAGGCAAAGAUAGACAACACUCGUCAGCAGUCAUUGGCCAGUAGUUUUAAGCGGGUAGCAUGCGCUGUGGAAUGCUUUUUUGCAGGAGUUUCCACAUUCUCCUUCUCUGGGUCAUUAAUUAAUUUGCAACGAACGAAGAUCCUUCUUCAUCGGGAACCUCUUCAGGAUACACUUAAAAAAGACUAUUUCCAUUUCACUGAAUAUCUUAAUAGAUUUAAACAAGGAUACUAAAGUACAAUAUAAUCCGCGCCUUUCUCCCACCGAGGUAUUUUUGGGGUUGUUCAAAGAUAAGGGCGCUCUCGAACCGUAAACCAGUCUACCUUGAUACCUUUACUCUUAAUUAUAAGCCACGACAAUGCAAAGAAAGGAAUAUGGAAUAUAUUUAUUCUGUUUUGUUUUACGUAUGGUCAAAGUGCAGAAAUUAGAUUGAUUUAGGAAUACACGUUUCCAGUUUGAUAACAUGUCCUAGUAAAAGCUAUGCCAGCGGACAAACAAUUUAAAUAUUUAUGCUGCACUAAUACAUGACGUUUUUAAAUUUAGCUGGUGUUCUGCCAGCGUCCAUUGUUCACUUACUGUCAGCCUGUCAAAAGGCAUAGAAUGUACCUGCUAGGCAAUUAGCAAACGCCUCCGUAACGAGAACCAACAUAAGCGACUUUUAUCGUAGAUACCAAGAAUCUCUUAUUUCUCUUGAUGAUCCCCAUUAAGUGAAAUUUUCUGCGUUUUUUAACUGUUUCUUCCUGAUGUUUGGUCUUUAUUUUAAAAUUGAUAUGACUUGAUAACCAGGCCAUUUCAAGCUUUUCAAUUAAAAAAAUAUAAAUAUAAUGUUACAUGCUCAAAUAAUUCGAUCUGUGUUAGCUUUCCGUCGUGCAGAUGGUGAGUGUUGUUAUAAAUCCUGUUAUGUAUCUAUUAGUAUUCUCAGCAGCUGAAUGCGCGUAAAUGUUUCCUGGAUGCUUCGUCCAAUCAUCUACCAUUUUAACAAGUGCCUCCAUGUCACGUGACGCCUAGAAUAACAUGACGAGGAUUGUCUAAUUUUGUUAUAGAUUUUGUAGCAACAUUCAAUUUCGUGUCCAUCUGUGUAUCUGAACUUGAACUAAAAUCCAGCAACCUGCCAGAUAGAAAGGACAGACAGAUAUUGAUUUAAAGAUGGCUAUAUUUGGAGUUCUUGGAUUCGGUUUGACAACAACAGCUCUGUUGAUCACGUUUGCCAAAUAUUUCGUAAGAAACUGGUUUCCUUAUUUUAUGGUCAGUUUGGUCCUCUUCGAGAUUGGAAUGUUCUCCAUGACAAAGGGAAAGACAAUUCAACCUGAAAGGCCGCCGACCAGGUCAGAGAAAAGUGAAGAAGGAAGAACGAACAGAGCACCGCCCGCGUCACCGGGGGGAAAUAAAAACAGCCCAUCUCCGAAAAAUACAGAGAAGGCCGGCGGUCAAUCGGCAGCGACAAGCAAGCAAGACAAGGCAGCAAAGAAAGCUCAAGCAAAGGCAGCAGCCGCCGCUGCCAAAUGA